AUGGAAAAAAGAGUAAUGAAUGAGGUUAUAACACCUCUAAAAGAAUAUUUAAAACAAUUUAAAAUGAUAGAUAAAAAAAUACAAGAAUGUCACAAAAGAAGAAUAGAUAUGGAUCGUAUUAAAGAAAAUGAACAACAAACUAAUGUUAUGACAAAGUUAGAAGAUUCCAAAAAUAAAUACGAAAAACUUAGGGAUGAAUUAGUAUUUGAUUUAAAUCAAUUAUUAAACAAUAUAGAUAAUUCUGUUGAACAGCUGACCAGGAUUAUGACUACAAUUUUUGCAGACUUUUAUUCAAAACAAUACUUCAAUUUUAGUAUAUUUAAUAACCAAAUAAAUUACCAAAUAUUCAACCCAAGUCAACUUAUUCCAGAAGACAAAGAGUCUAUGACUCAUUCAAAUAAUAUGUAUACUUCAAUUAGUAAUAAUUCUUCUCCAGAAAAUAGACAAGUAAGAAAGAGAUCUUCUUUUUGUGGAAGACAAGUUGCUAUCUAUCCUUCUACAUACUCCCAACAAUUCAAAAACUAUGGAAAUUGGUCUAGUUUAGAUUGUUUUCAUACAGACCAAAUAAACCAACAACUUAAAAAACCAAUACCUCCUUGUCCUUCUAAAAAAUUAUUUCCAUUGAUUCAAUACCAACCUCCCAAUUCAUCUAAAGUUCUUUGUUUAUUUGACUAUUAUUCUACUGAUAUUCUUGAGUUAUCAUUUAAAAGAGGAGAUAUGAUUGAUUUACUAAGGAAAGAUGGGUUGUGGUGGUUUGGUGAAUUAAAUGGAAUAAAAGGAUAUUUCCCUUCCAACUAUGUUCAGAUAAUUAAUUAG